AUGGUUGGUACCAUGGAGCCUCAGAAAAAGACGAUGAAUGAUUUACUUCAGGAACUUAUGAAGAUCUCUGACCAAACACUAGACGAUAAUGACACUUUAAAAAAGCAAGCCUUAUACUGCCAUCCUAUGAAACAAGCUUUGUUCGAAGUUUUGUGCGAAGUUAAAGAAAAAACUGCUCUCACUCACCGAAAUGCUAGCGAAGAACAACCUGAAGAUCCACAGUUGAUGAGGUUGGAUAAUAUGCUGGUAGCAGAAGGAGUUGCUGGCCCGGAUAAGGGCGCUCCUUUAGCUGGUGACGCUUCUGGAGGAGAUCAGGCUGAUUAUAGGCAGAAACUUAGUCACAUUCGCAUGGUAUAUAAUCAAGAAUUACAAAAAUACGAAGAGGCUUGUAAUGAAUUUACUCAGCAUGUUAUGUCAUUACUCAAAGAUCAAUCUCGUACUCGACCAAUCAGUUCAAAAGAAAUAGAUCGAAUGGUUGCUAUCAUUCAAAAGAAGUUUAGUGGAAUUCAAGUUCAAUUGAAACAAUCUACUUGUGAAGCUGUUAUGAUUCUUAGAAGCAGAUUCCUGGAUGCCAGAAGAAAAAGAAGAAACUUCUCUAAACAAGCUACUGAAGUACUUAAUGAAUAUUUCUACUCACAUUUGAGUAACCCUUAUCCUUCCGAGGAGGCAAAAGAAGAAUUAGCCAGACAAUGUAAUAUUACAGUCUCACAGGUUUCCAAUUGGUUCGGAAACAAGCGAAUUCGCUAUAAGAAGAACAUCGCAAAGGCUCAAGAAGAAGCUAAUAUGUAUGCGGCCAAGAAAGCUGCCCAUACUAUUGGCGGUAUCCCCGCUGCCAACUACGGAAUGUUGGCUGGACCAUCAGGCAUGCUAAACCCAUAUCAGUUCCAAGGAAUGCUACCGGGACAAGACUUAGGUCAUAUGGGAAUGAAUACAGGGUUCGACCUCUCAGCUUAUAAUCCUCAAUUAAUGGCUCAAUAUCAGGCAAAUAUGGAUAACGAGAAUAAACCAUCCAUUUAA